AUGGUCGCUUCUUCCUCGAACGGUCCCGUCGUCGUCGUCAUCGGCGCAACUGGCGCGCAGGGCGGCUCGGUCAUCUCGCACCUCAUCCAGUCCGACAAGGACUACCAGCUCGUGGGCGUCACGCGCGACACGAGCAAACCGGCGAGCAAGGCGCUCGCCGACCAAGGCGUCAAGGUUGUGUCGGCCGACACCGACUCGCGCUCGGACCUCGACCGCGUCUUUGAGGGCGCCAACAUCGUCUUUGCCGUCACCAACUUUUGGGCGCACAUGAGCUUCGACAAGGAGGUCAAGGACGGCAAGCGCAUCGUCGACGCCGCCAAGGCCGCCGGCGUCAGCCACUUCAUCUGGAGCGGCCUCGAGCCGGUCAAGGAGCUGUCCGGCGGCAAGUACAAGCACGUCGAGCACUUUGAUUCCAAGGCCGCCGUCACCGCCUACGCUCGCGAGUCGGGCCUGCCGACGACCAACGUCGAGGCCGGGUGCUACAUGCAGAACUGGCUCGGCAUGCUCGCUCCGCGCAAGCAGGCCGACGGCUCGUUCGUCUUUGCGAUGCCCAUCUCGCCCUCGACCAAGCUCGCGCUCGUCGACACGAACGGCGACUAUGGCGCGUACGUGCGCGAGGCGAUCGAGAGCAAGAGCUUUGGGCCUGGCAGCGAGAUCCUCGCCUCGUCCGACGAGAUCUCGCUCGACGACAUGGUCAAGCAGUUCUCCGAGGUGACGGGCGCCAAGGCGUCGUACUACCAGAUGCCGCACGACGAUUUCCUUGCCGCUGCGGGUCCUGCCGGCGCCGAGAUGCUCGACAUGCUCCUCUGGUUCGAGGAGUUUGGCUACUUUGGCGGCAAGGACCUUGCGCCCUCGCAACGCGACCUCGCCGUCCCGGUCAAGACGUGGCGCGAGUUCGUCGCCGCCAACAAGUGGGACGUCUGA